UUGGAAAGACCAUUCUUUCACACAUCCAGCGUCACUGUCCAUCAACAUCUCUCAUUUGAUGGAGUGAGGAAUUCUCUCUCAGAUCUGAAAAAGAGACUCGAGGAAUUCUGUGAGGAGGAAUUCAACAAAAUCCCUCCACAUGGUAAGAGGAGCUGUUCCUGCUGGAGAAACACAGUGAUGUGUUAUUUCUUAGCGAUGCUCCUGCUUUCUUUUCCGCAGACACUUUAUUCACCCGACACUUUGAACUAAAACACUGAUUUAAAAUGAAUAAACUGACUGGAUCACUUUAAACUCUUUCCAUCUUUUACACAAACUCAUGUUUCCAUUUUUCUCUCCACAGCUGCAGCAGUUCAGAUCAUUUCAGGACCAGAACCACAGAGCAGAGAAGAGUUUCUGAAAUAUUUCUGUUAUCUGACUCUGGAUCCCAACAUGGCACAUCGUCACCUCAUUCUGUCUGAGAAGAACAGAGCGGUGAGAGAUAGUGGGAGAGAGCAGCGUUACUCUGAUCAUCCAGAGAGAUUUGAUUCCAACUGUCAGGUGUUGUGUAAGGAGAGUGUGAGUGGACGUUGUUACUGGGAGGUGGAGUGGAGCGGUGCUGGUGGUGUCUCCAUAUCAGUCUCAUAUAAAGACAUCAGCAGGAAAGGACUGGGUGAUGAGUGUGGGUUUGGAGGCAACAAUCAGUCCUGGAGUCUGUGGUGUUCUUCUUCUUCUCUUUCUUUCUGGCACAACAACAUUAAGACUGAUCUCAGAGUUCCAUCAGCCUCCAGAAUAGGAGUGUAUGUGGAUCACAGUGCAGGAACUCUGUCCUUCUACAGCGUCUCUGACACGAUGAAGCUCCUCCACAGAGUCCACACCACAUUCACUCAGACUCUAUAUGCUGGGUUUGGGUUCUUCAAAGUUUCUGGGUUAGCGUUCUACUGGUUUUCUGGUUCUACUGUGAGAUUGUGUGAUCCAUAGUAAAAACAAGUGUGUUGUUUUUUUUUUUAUGUAAAAUUCCUGCACGUUGCCACGUUGUUGGUCAAUCGUCUGUUUUAUUAGAACACAAUCCAGCUGGACAAAAAACAGUCACUUUAUUAUUUAAGUUAAAG